UUCAUGCGCCGUCCGUCUGAAAGCCGCUCGUACUGCCGGCAGAUUACUUCCACGAUACGACGGGCGGUCCGGGCUAAACGCCGUCGGCUCGCUGCGACACUUAACGGGACGUGGUUUUCCCGCCCCUGAGGCUGAGACGCGACAACGCCCUCGAAACGGGUCUAUCGGGCGCCGUUGCAACCGCUGGUUAAAUGGCCGAACCCGGGUUUAAGAGACUAAAGACCAGCCUACCCGUGUGUAAAACUCACAAGACGUUCGCGGGCAGCCGGGUGAGGCAGAGCCUCCCGGCCGCGGUAGAGGAGGGCGUGUGCGGCGUGGCAGCCCUGCUGGCGGAGCGGGCGUACAGCCUCCGGGCUCUGGCCAGUAUAUUUGAACAAGAUGAUGUUGCUCUGCCAAGAGUGGCUUCCUUCUUCCACCAGGAGUCAUUGUGGGAGCAGGCACAGACUGAGGCCAUGAUGGACUACCUGGCCCAGCGAGGGGGGCAGUACUGCAAUAAAAACAUUCAGAGGCCAGGCUGUGAGGCAGUGUGUGGUGUACUACCAGCCCUGGACCUGAUGUUGGGCCAACUGAAGGAGGAGAUGGCUGUGUUGGUGGAGUUAAGCCAGCUGGCCCGCGAUCACGCUGACCCACACACAGCCAGUGUGGUCAAGAGCCGCUUCCUUGGCCCUUUGGUGCCCCGUGUCAAACUGCUGGGAGACCUGCUCACCAGCACACGCCGGGUGGGCUGUACCAACGACCGGGCAGGAGGCUUUGGGGAGUACCUUAUCAAUGAACUCCAGGAGGAGCUAGCAAGCAUCUGAGAUGUCUAGCAGAAUGGAGUCCCUGUUUAGGGCCAGGGGUUGAUGGGAAAUUUUCCUUUACUGAUGUCAUUUCUGACUCUGGGCCUCUCCCAUUAUCCACACUUAGUGCACACUUGAAUGCUUGGCCACUUGGCGUGCACGCUUGUGCACUUUGUGUAAGUGUGCAAGUGUGUCCCAUUUUCUCUAAUAAGCCAAAGCAUGGUGGGCUUGAUGUGCUCUUUAUCUGCUCUUAAGCUAAGGCCGCUGUGGAUCAGUAUUGUGCUAAAUGUAUGAGGCACCACACUGGUGAUGUUGUGACCCCAAGUUGUAUCCCCAAAUGGGGCUAAUGGGACAAGCCCAUUGUCUCCUUCCAAAGCGAGUCUGAUUAAACCCCAUUGGUUUACUUAAAGACAACAUGACACAGCAUUCAGUGUCUCUUGCUCUCAUCAUGUGACGUGUUUCCCAGUAAAAUAGGAUAUUAAGAUGGAACAAAAUGUAGAAGGGGAUGUGAUUUGACCCCUCAGAAUUUGACUGGAUCAUGCAAAACAUUUUAUGGCAUUGCUGGCUGGAACGUUGCUUUUCCACAAACUCCGACUUGGUGACGAAAUCACAGAAACUUGACUGUUUCAGAGGAAGUUCAGGUGGUUAGAUUUUGAUGUGAAAUAAGUAUACAAAAAGUGUGAUUUUUUUUGGGGUAUAAUGUGUUGAAUAGGUACAUAACAUGACUGGGAAAAUGAGCUUACAAGGUAAAAAAAAUAAGUGCAUUUUCAUUUUACAUUGUCUUUAAAGAAGAAAAAUAGCAUACACCUAUCUGAAGAUUUUUAGCACCUUAUGAUAAAUUAUUGAUGCCUUUAAAAUGGAUUCAGGUGGAUCAAACCAGUGUGUAUUCAGAUUAUUAGCAACCCGGUGUGUAUUAAGGGACAAAACUUGUUUCUCGUCAGUGUUGGAUCUUCUUGUUUUGGUUGUUAUAGUAGUUAGACGAAUGCUACAACACUUUUGAGCAGAGGAAAAAAGCAAAUGUUUAAAUAAAAAAGGGAAAAUUAUAGUGUUAUAUUGAGCAAUUCUGUUUAAUCUUACUCUUUCUACCGUAUUUUAAUGAUGCUGCGGAGACUUGUUGAGUUGUGGUGCGUAACGGAGGUGGGCAGAGGGUUUGGAUCGUGGAGUUUGCUGGAUCAGAUGUGAAGCGUGGCGUGCGGUGGUCCUCCUGCAGGGAUGCUCGGUGGGCUGCAGUGCGGCUGCAGACCCCGCUCAGCUGCUGCCUGUCCCUCGUCACCCCACGGUACCCUUCCUGAACCACUUCUCCACCUUUUCAGGAAAAAGAGACGCCUGCUCCGAUUGAAUGGGAAAACUUGGAGCUAUUUUUUUGUUUAACCUCCAUAUUGUACGUGUGUUGUGUUGGAGAUGAAUUUGCUUGCUGUACUUACAGGGCUACCCGGUCCAUUUUACAUUAUUCACCCUGCCUCUCUUCUAUAACAUCUUUACACGGCCAUCUUCUUCUUAACAUAUAAAUGUAAUGAUUAUGAUUAUGAUUUAUACAUCCGAGCUGUCUGGAUGACAUUUCAUCAGGUGAUCAUAAUGUAAUGCUCUACAUGUAUUUAUCUGUGACAAGCUGUCGGAUACCUCUCUGUGGCUGGUUGACGGCAUUGUAUUGCUAAGGUUUUUGGUGUUUUUGUGUGUUUUCAUAACGCCAUAGAAUCGGUUUUCAUCUGCCUUUCUUUUCGUUGUGUGUAGAUUAAGGGCCCAGGGGGCCUUGCCUGCCCAAAUGUUCUGAAAUAAACUUGUGUUUUGGG